CUUGGUGACUGCCACUUUUUACAUAAAAGUUCAUUCCUCAACUGUGUUUCAUCUAAAUAAUUUCGUUAUGAUAAUUUUUCCAGUGUAUUUGUUCAGUUAUUGCGAAUGCAUUAUAUACUAUUGUGAAUAUCACGAGCAGCUGAAAGUAAGUGGCGCGAAGUCAGUAGAUUAAAGAAUACAUUUGGUAUUCUUUGCAGUAAAUAAAAGCAAUAUAUAUUAUUAAUUCAAAUUUAAAAAAUUAUUAAUACGACAUGAAUUCUGUUAAAAGAGUAAUUUCACCGCUGAAUAAUAAAAGUGAACAAGAUGUAAAAAAACAAAAAUUAAGUUCAAGUACUGAAAACUUAAGCAAGGUAAAUACUUUUAACGACCAGAAAGAAAACUUGGAUUUUUUUUUUGAUGAAAGCUGUGACUUCGAUCUAGGAGCAAUCGAAUCCACUGAGCAAAGCGUUGAACAUGUUUCCACGCUUGACUUGAGUAAAUGGCAACGUUGUUUGGUUGUUCAGUUAGAACGGGACCGCAAAUCGUUUGAUUUAGUGUUAAGUGUAGCAUUGGAUGAACGUAAAAAUUUAGAAGCAUACGACGGUGUGUCUUUGACAAAGUGUCACUUACAAGGACCUUGGUGCAAUACACACAUUGACGUUGGUGAUGUAGUUUCAAUAAAAGCGAUAUGGGAUAAUGAUAAAAAAAUUUACAAAGUUAAUAAAGAUUUCGGUUAUUGCGUUACUUAUCCUGACACAUUAAUAUCUGGUACAACUGUUGUUGGUUCAUUAUUCUGCCGUCGUAAAGCUGUACUACAGGAACGCUUUCGGGGCAUUGAUGCAAACGACAAAGUGAUGGUUAUAGGUACUUUGGUACAUGAGCUACUGCAAAUAGUGCUGGAAAAACAACUGACAUCAUAUAAGGAUAUUGAGAAUGCUUGUAACGAACUUUUGGAAUCACAAGAAACUGCUUACGCGCUGUAUGCUAGUCUUCUGACACGUGAAGAUGCUUCAUUAGAAGUAAAAAAAUUCGUUUCCAAUAUUUUCAAUUUUGUACAACAAUAUAUUGUAAAAAAAGAACCAGCUGUGGUAUGUAUAAAUAUAAUUAGUUGAAUAAUUGGUAAUAAAUAUUUGUGUAAUAUUGUUUAGCUACAAAAGGACACAUUUCAAGGUACAAUCAACAAAAUAGAAGAUAUAGAGGAAAAUCUUUGGAUACCACAGUUGGGACUUAAAGGCAAAGUAGAUGUUUCUGUGCGUAUACAUAGACGCAAAAAUAAUUUAAAAUUUGAAUCUACGAACACAAAUGCGAUUCCAUUGGAAUUAAAAACAGGUCGUGCCACUUUUUCAAUGGAACACAAGGGUCAAUUAAUUCUCUACCAAAUGAUGUUGUCGACAUUGGGGCGUGAUAUUAACUCAGGUUUACUACUUUAUUUACGCGAAGGUAUUAUGCGUGAAAUCAGCGGCGCGAGAAAUGAACAAAGAGACUUAAUAGCGCUACGCAACGAUUUGGCAUAUUAUCUGAGUUAUAUACCUAGUUUACCACUUGUAAAUGUACCAAACGCACUUGGAGAUGGUAAAUAUAUACAGCCAAUAAAGUUACCAGAUCCGAUUUCUCAUCACAGCGCGUGCAAUUCCUGUGCUUAUGCGAAUUUGUGUUGCACCUUUGCACGAACGGAUAAAAGCUUGGAACUGAGCGAAAGUCAUCCACUUCGAAAAGUUAUGCACGAUGUGACUGCACAUUUGAAGCCGACUGAAUAUGAAUAUUUUAUACAUUGGUGUAGGCUGAUUUCUUUAGAAGAUAUUGAUGAUAAAAUGGCAAAUGUUGCACGUUCGCUUUGGACCGAUACUCCGGAAAUAAGACAACAGAAUGGACGCGCCGUUAUAGAUUUAGAACUGUUAAACGAAGUUAGUUUUGAAGAUUCACGUUACUUGCAUACUUUUAAAUUAAAAAUGGAGAAGGAGGAAGAUAUGGAUCUGACAUUAAGUUGUUUUGCGUGUGGCAUGUAUGUUAUUGUCAGUUCCAGGCAACGCUUGGCAAUCGCGGCUGGUCACAUUUAUAAUAUAACAAAUAAUACAAUCUCGAUUAGAUUGGAACGGAACUUAAACAAAAACUAUAAAGGUCAAUCGUUUAUAGUCGAUAAGCAUGUCUCACAAUCUGUAAACGUUUUUAAUUAUACCAACUUGGGACUGAUGCUUGAUGAAACGGAUAGAGCUAAGACUCUGCGUGAUAUAGUGAUACACAAAAAACAACCAACAUAUACCAAGAAAUUGCCUUCAGUAAUUGCUGAGAAAGGCAAAGAAAUUUUGAAAAUGUUGAACAUGGUGCAACGUAAAGCAGUUCUGAAAGCCUUAACAACUGAUAGCUUCAUGCUAAUAAAGGGUUUGCCUGGCACAGGCAAGACACAAACAUUGGUAGCCUUGGUACAAUUAUUAAACUUAAUCGGAAAAACGGUGAUAAUCACUAGUCAUACACAUUCAGCUGUUGAUAACUUGUUAUUGCGUCUUAAGAAUACUGGUUUAAAAAUGCUAAGACUUGGUUCUGGCGAGCGUGUUCACACAGAACUGCAUGAAUGCAGUGAAAGUGAAGUAACGAAGGACUGUAAGACAGAAGCUGAGCUUGCUAAAAAGUAUGCCUCAUACAAUAUAAUUGGCGUAACUUGCUUGGGUGCAUCGCACUCCAUAUUUUUGCAUCGUAAAUUUGACUACUGUAUUGUAGAUGAAUCCACUCAAGUUAUGCAAUGUACAGUGCUGCGUCCACUUUUCUUUUGUAGCAAAUUUAUUUUAGUCGGUGAUCCAGAUCAGUUGCCACCACUCAUACGUUCCAAGGAAGCACGUUCACGCGGUGCUAGUGUAUCACUUUUUGAACGUUUGGAUUGUGAAGAAGUUACAUCAGUGCUGAAUUUACAAUAUCGUAUGAAUAAAAAUAUCACUAAGCUGGCUAAUGAGCUGACGUACGCUGGUGCUCUAGAAUGUGGUUCUAAAGAAGUGCAGUUAGCGGCACUUAAUUUUAAAAUGCCUAUAAUGGUAGAUAAGGAAAAAUGGUUGGAGCGUGUAAUGCAAACACAUGUAGAUCAAUCGGUAUUUUUGUUGGACACUUUAGAUUGUGCUGAACGUUCACGUGCUUUUGCAAUGAAGAAGCACAGUCGUGUCUGUGAAGCUAUUGAACAAACCUUUGCUUCAGAACUCGACAAUGAUGAAAAUUCAAACAUGAUUACGGCUGAAAAUAAACGUAUAUCUAAAUAUACAAAUUACUGUGAUGCAGCUAUUAUAUUUUAUAUUGUAGAGGUUUUAUUAAGGGCUAAUUUUAAACCUUCACGCAUAGGUAUUAUAGCACCAUAUCGCGCUCAAGUGGAGUUACUGCGUAAACUCUCCACUCAAUACAAUGAUUUCUAUAAAAACAAUGAAACUCCUUUAGAUUUUUCUACCGUAGAAGUUAAUACUGUCGAUCAAUACCAAGGUCGAGAUAAGGAUAUUAUACUCUAUUCAGGCACUAAAACCGGCAGCCUAAGUGAAAAGGAUAUCGACAGGCAACGUGAUAAUGAAAUUCUAGAAGACAAGCGACGCUUAACUGUAGCAAUUACACGUUCAAAACAUAAAUUAAUAUUAGUGGGUGAUACAGGCUGUUUAGCACAAUAUACACCAUUCCAAAAGAUGUUUAAGCAUAUACCUAGCUACUGUUGUAUGAAAUUGGAAGACAAUAAAUUGGGCUUCAAUUGGCAGAAACUGCUGGAUAAGUUGAGUGAAGUUAUAUCCAACUGAUUUAUGUGAGUUGAUUUUCUGGUUAUAUGUGCUUAAGUACUUUUAAGCAAGACUGAAAUAUUCUAUUGCGUUUGUGAGAUAAGCUUACUUUUACUACUAUAAACUACACCGCACAUGACUUUGGUAGUUGGUAGCUUUAAGUAAACCAUUAUAAGUUAAGAUAUAAGCCAAAUUGCAGAUAUGUUUUUAACAUUGUAUGCAGGCCAUCAUUAAGCAUGCUAUUUUGUGUUUUGAAACAAACUCUAAUUUUAAAUAUUUAUAUUU